UACCUCCCAAAUCUGAACCUCGUACAGUACAACCGCCUUGUUCAAUCUGCAUCCUUGCCGCCUGCCCGAACCGAAACCUCGCAAUUUUCUCCUUUUGCCGUCGAACCAACCCCAACGUUAGCUCAUUUCCAGCUUUUAACUGGUCGCACUCUGUAGCUCCGUCCAGCAGCCACGCGGUUUUGAUCUGGAGUUGGCUGGGAAAGUGUCCGAUCUGAAGGCAGUGGGAGGGUGGUGGUGGUGUGUGUUGUUUACCUGUAGGGGCUGUGCAGUGCACGAAACAUUAGCAGCGGGCGUGGAAACAGAGUGUUUCGCAGCAGCAGCAGCCAACCCGCACCAAUCACCAGCCACCAGGAAGCAGCUGGGAGGAGCAGAAAGCAGGCUGAUUUUGGUGUAGGCUGAGCGAGAGGCGAGAAAAGAGAAAGCUGAGUGAAGUGGGAGGACAGGACAGGACUGUGUACCAAGUACAGUAGCGUGUUUCUUUUCUCUCAAUCCUUGUGCUCCAUUGCAUCGCGCCAUCAUCCAGCAGCAUCGUUGUCAGCCGCUGAUCGGUUUCUAUCGGUAUCUAAUAUUGACGGACGAGAGUCGUUUGCCGCGUACCUUGCCUAGUUAGCGUCAGCGUUGCGGUGGCCUACGCAUCAGGCUCUCUCUCAACACUUUCCUCGGCGAUUUUUGUGAAGGACCGUUUGCUUCCUACGUCACGGAUUGCAGGAGCUUGGACGGGAGUUCCUUAGCUCGCGCUGCUGCUGAAGAUGGUGGGGGAGGCGAUGGACGUGGACCAAGACGACUACGAGGACAGCCACGAGAACGUCUUCGAAAUCCCGCACAAGGAGCCGGAGCCCGAGGCGCUGCUAAAGUGGAGACAAGCGACUCUCGUGCUCAACGCCACUAGACGGUUCCGCUACACCGCCAAGCUCAACACGGACGACAAGGUCCCCGUUAAAAGAACGCCCGCGGAGCGAUUCCGGACGAGCGGCCACGCUCUGCUGGCGCUGAACAGGUUCAAGAAGGCCGGGCAACAGAGACAAAAGCGAUACACUAUCAAGGAGGAUUUUGGCGACGGUUUUGGCUUCACGAAGGAGCAGCUUGUGACUGUUAACGAGGACUCUCUUGUCGAGGCGCUGGAUGAGAUUGGAGGGGUGCCUGCUGUGUGCCGCGCCCUGCGGGUGGACCCGGAGGUGGGGGUUCCGGGGGACGAGGAGGAUCUGGCGAAGAGAAAGGAGGAGUUUGGCACCAACACGUACCCCGAGAAACCCUACAAGUCCUUCCUCGUGUUCGUCUGGGAGGCGGCACAGGACACCACGCUCAUCAUCCUCAUGUUCUGCGCCUUCCUAUCACUCACCUUCGGCCUCAUUGCAGAGGGCACAAAGGAAGGGUGGUACGAUGGAGUUGCCAUUGCCAUUGCGGUCAUCCUCGUCAUCUUCGUCACAGCCUUCAGUGAUUAUCGUCAGUCAUUGCAAUUCCGUGGCUUGGAUGCCGAGAAAGCGAAUAUACAGCUCAAGGUGUUAAGAGGCGGCCGCGUUCAGACGGUGUCUAUCUUCACUCUUGUGGUGGGGGACAUUGUGCCGCUCGCCAUCGGCGAUCAGGUCCCGGGAGACGGACUGUUGGUGUCGGGCCAUUCCCUCACAAUCGACGAGGCGUCCAUGACAGGCGAAAGUGACCCGAUGCACAAGGACUCCAAGCGGCCGUACCUUCUCUCCGGCUGCAAAGUCCUUGAUGGUUACGGCAGCAUGGUGAUCACGGCUGUGGGUACGAGCACGGAGUGGGGGCGAGUCAUGGCUACCAUCAACGAUGAUGAUGACUCUGAGACACCUCUGCAGGUUCGCUUGAACGGGCUGGCGACGUCCAUCGGCAAGCUGGGGCUGGUGGUGGCGGUGAUGGUGUUCCUCGUGCUCAUCAUCCGCUACGCCGCCACCUACGUGCCUGGGAAGUCGCCCGUCGAGGUCUUCAAGGACAUUGUCGACGACUUUUCCAUCGCCGUGACCAUCAUUGUGGUGGCUGUGCCGGAAGGGCUUCCCCUCGCAGUCACAUUAACGCUUGCCUACUCCAUGCACAAGAUGAUGAACGACAAGGCUCUGGUGCGGCACUUGGCGGCAUGUGAGACCAUGGGGUCUGCCACCACCAUCUGCAGUGACAAGACUGGCACGCUCACUCUCAACCAGAUGACAGCCACACGGGCAUGGCACUCAGGCAGUCUGCAGGAUUCUGUAGAUCGAGAGACCGUUCCAACGCCUGUUGUGAAGGUGUUAUCUGAAGCCAUUGCCCUCAACAGUACUGGCAAUGUCUUCACCCCUCCUGAGGGCGGCCCCCCAGAGGUGUCUGGCAGCCCCACUGAGGCAGCUAUCAUCUCAUGGGCGCUCACUAUUGGCAUGGACUACAACGGGCUGAGGCGCGAGAACGAGAUCAUUGCAGUGGAAGCGUUCAACUCCGCCAAGAAGCGCGCAGGGGUUGCCAUCAAGAGGCCGGGAGGGGACGUGGUGGUGCACUGGAAGGGCGCAGCAGAGAUCAUCCUGUCGGGCUGCAUCGCAUGGCUCGAUGCUGACGGCGCCACUCAACCCCUCACCGAUGCCAAGCGCGCGGAGGUACUGGAGGCGAUCUCCACCAUGGCGGCUGGCUCGCUGCGCUGCAUCGCCAUGGCCACCGCCCCCAUCCCGCUCGCCGAAGUGCCUGCAGAGACCGAGGGCUGGAAGUUCCCCGAUGGCAGCCUCACGCUCAUCAGCAUCGUGGGCAUCAAGGACCCCUGUCGACCAGGAGUGCCAGAAGCAGUGGCCAGGUGCCAACACGCAGGAGUCAAGGUGCGCAUGGUGACGGGCGACAACGUGCACACAGCGCGCGCCAUCGCAUCAGAGUGCGGCAUCAUCACUCCUGAUGGGAUCGUGAUCGAGGGCAAGGACUUCCGAGUCAUGUCCAAGGAGCAGAUGAUCCAAGUCAUCCCCACCAUCGACGUGAUGGCGCGCUCGUCCCCCACGGACAAGCACCUGCUGGUGAAGAUGCUGCGGUCCAUGGGCGAGGUGGUGGCGGUGACGGGCGACGGCACGAACGAUGCUCCUGCGCUGCAUGAGGCGGACAUUGGCCUCUCCAUGGGUCUCUCCGGCACGGAGGUGGCCAAGGAAAGCUCUGACAUCGUCAUUCUUGAUGACAACUUCACCUCCAUUGUCAAGGUGGUGCGGUGGGGGCGGUCAGUGUUCGCCAACAUCCAGAAGUUCAUUCAGUUCCAGCUCACCGUCAACGUGGCGGCGCUCGUCAUCAACUUCAUCUCCGCCUGCACCGAUGGCCACGUGCCGCUCAACGCAGUCCAGCUGCUGUGGGUGAACCUCAUCAUGGACACGCUGGGAGCGCUGGCUCUCGCCACAGAGCCCCCCACUGACGAGCUCCUGGACCAAAUGCCCGUGGGGCGCAAGGCGCCUCUCAUCACCAACAUCAUGUGGCGCAACAUCCUCAUUCAGUCCGCAUACCAAGUGAUCGUGCUCAUGACUCUAAACUACAAGGGCAACGCGAUUCUGAAUAUCGAAGACAAUCCCAACAGGGAUGGCAUCCGCAACACCAUGAUCUUCAACUCGUUUGUCUUCGCCCAGCUGUUCAACGAGGUGAAUGCGCGCAAGCCAGACAAGUUCAACAUCUUUGACGGGCUCCUGCAGAACCCCCUCUUCAUCUUCGUGCUCGUCGUCAGCACCGGCUUCCAAAUAAUCAUAGUGGAGCUGCUGCACAACUUUGCCAAGACCGUGUCUCUCUCCUGGUCGCAGUGGCUCAUCUGUGUCGCCAUUGGCUCCGUCAGCUGGCCCCUGGCAUUUCUGGGCAAGUUCAUCCCAGUGGCCAAGACACCCAUGCUGGACUUCAUGCAACACGUCAAGGCGCCGCGCUGGAUGCGUCUGCGCCGCAAGAAGUCGCGCGCCAGCGCCAGCCUCCAGGGCUCCAUGGCACGAUCCGGCUCCGCUGCUGGUGCCUCUGGGGCUCCACCUGUUGCUGCUGUCGAGGAGGAUGGUGCCUACGAGGAAGCUUCUAGCACCAAGGCUCUGGUUUCGGGCAGGGGGUCAGAAAAUGGAGCUGGAGAUGCGGUGGACUCCGCAGGAGCUGGGAAGACGUGAGUUGGAGGUUGCUGAGGCUGAGGCAGUGUGCUGCGAGGAGGCAGAAGCAUUGUGGUUGGUUCGGUGAUUCGGAUCUUUGAGUUUCCAGGAGAUUUCAUCAAGAGCCUUUUCCCCCUCGUCAACAAUAUACUUUCGGGCACAGGUUUGGGCCUGUCAUGUGGUCUAAAAGCUGCUGCAUUAGGGCGGAUUUGGCUGUGAUGUGCAUGCAUGUGGCCUUGGUAUUCGGCAUGGUUGGAUACCAGAACAGGCUGUGCAUGUUCCAAGCCGUCUAAUUUUAUUGAGGCUUGCUGGUUGGGGGCUUCUUAGACACAUUUUAGGUAGCUCAGCAUCGGCUCGGCACAUGAGAUAAUGGUUAAAUUGACACCUAGGGGUUUGACAUCUUUACAGUGUUAUGGUUCAUGCUAUAGGUGUGUCUGUCAUUGUAUGUUUGUGCAAAUAGUAGCAUAUAACACAACCACUAUCGAUGCUAACCAUGUCGAUGUACAUUACUCUGCGCGUGUAACAAGGUUUCAAUCAAUGCGAUUCAGCGGG